AACGCCUCAGGCACGCAGAGGGCAGCUAAACCUCGCAGCCGUAUAUUUUGGGGUCCUUCAGCGUCAGACUGCUGCUUGCUCUGGACAGCAUCUUCGUCAAUGGCGGAUUACGAUAACUACGAUGACCGGGCUUACGGGAGCUUCGGAGGGGGGAGAGGACCCCGAGGCGGUGGUGGCGGAGGCCCAGGCGGACCCCGGAAGCAGAAGGAGCUCCCCACAGAGCCGCCCUACACGGCGUACGUCGGCAACCUGCCCUUCAACACAGUGCAAGGAGACAUAGAUGCCAUCUUCAAAGACCUCAGCCUCAGGAGCGUCCGACUAGUGCGAGACAAAGAGACAGACAAGUUCAAAGGUUUCUGUUACGUAGAGUUUGACGACUUGGAAUCUCUGAAAGAGGCUUUGACAUACGAUGGCGCUCUGCUAGGGGACCGAUCUUUGAGGGUGGAUAUCGCAGAGGGCCGAAGGCAAGAACGUGGUGCCGGAGGCUUCGGCUUCCGGAAAGACGACAGAGGCCGUGGUGGCUCACGUGGGGCCAGAGGAGGGGGACGUGACUCCAGAGACGACUUCGACCAGUCUGGAGGAGGUGCGGCGUGUGAACAGGGCAAGAACUCGAACCCUUGGGGAAUUAGCACUAGAUGAUCGGCUCUAGAUAGUCAUUUUAGCAAGAAUCUGAUAUACCACACAUCUGUGGCGUGAUAUGACCACAGACAAUUCAGAUGUGUUCCUCUGCUUGUAAAAAUGAUCAGAAAACACGUUUACAAUAAACUUACUGGAUGAACGCC